AUGAAGUAAACCAGGACUUUUGUUUUGCCUUAAUCCUCUACAGUCAGAGGAAGUAGCUCUACCGGACAUCGGGCAAUCUAGUGAUUUGCUUCCAGCGUCCCCAAAGCGCAACUAGGUGCGCACCGGAGGGAACGCAGCAGAACCUGCAACUCUGCUGAAAUGAUGCUCAACUUUCCCCUCCGCUCAUUGUUCCCAGUCGUCGCAGUGGCGGUUCUUACUGUUGUUAAAGUUGCUGAAAGUCCAAAAGUUGCUGUGGACAUUGGGAUAUCCUCCAACCCAUCGCCAGUUUAUCCCACCGUCAACUUUCAGGUCGUCAAUGUGGAUCAUGUGUUACUGAGGCAGGAAAGUCCAGAGUCAUCCAGGAACUCCAGCAUGAAGGCUCAGACUCAGACUUUUCUCAUUACUGGUAAAGGCGCUGGGCUCCUCCAGCCAGCUGUCAACGCUUCAUACCGCCCCCUGAGUGUGGAUGCCCCGAUUCCUCCAGACCUCCUCCUCAGUGGGCGCAGGAUCCUGCCAGUCAUUCUGGUCGGCAAGGUUCGUUCCUCAUCCCCUGUUGUCAAGAUUCUCUUUCACAUGCCCACGGAAAAUGACAUCACUGUUGGGCAAGAGAGGAUGGGGUCUGAAGACGAUAAUGGCAGGAAAAGUGCGGGAGCCAAGGCAAAGGACAGAGCUCACUGUGUGACUGCUUACGCCUUCUGGGAGACGAGGGAAGUUCGUGGGGCUUGCCUGGUGUUUCCGGGUGGAUUCUGUGUGGCACAGCUUCGGCCAGAACCGGCCUGGUUCAGCUCAGGCAGCCGAUCAGGCAGCUCUAGCAGUGAAGCAGGAAGAACCGAAGGAAUUAAGGGGCUUCAGGGGAAUCUAGUGGAGGUCUACUUCCAGAGUCGGAGGGAUCAGAUUGGCCAGUGUAACCCGCAGGACAGCCUGCAACGUGUAGGAGUAGGAAGAGGAAGAGACUCUGGGGGAUCAGGGACACCGAUGAGGCGAAUAGGAAGUGUCAAUCUGCUCAAAACCCUGCCAGGGAACCCCACCUAUUUUCGCCUGAGGCUGGGAGGCGCCUUGGUGAUCCAGACCUCUUCCAAGCCCCUGAAGGCCACAGACGUUGCAACUUUCUAUGUCUUCCUGGUGAGCACAUCUACCCUGGAAACAUUUACUCUCAGGGCGACAGUAAAAGCGGGCCUGUCAUUCAGUGCGGCGCGGCCCAGUGACUCAGCGCUGUGGGACAUCGUAGUGAAGCCUGGCAGAGAAGCGACUCCCAACACUGUCUCCGUUGUCUGCCAGAGGAAGGUUGCUGUCACCGCAAAGAGGGGUCUUCUGGAAGUUUCACAACUGGACUUUGUGCCAAAAGAUGUUUCAGAGCAGGCUGAGAGUCAGACGAUCUCCUGGCGUCUGGAGUUGCCAGGGAACGUCAAAGAUGUGGGCAUAAUGCGGAUCUACACAACUCAGAGGGAUUAUGUGGGGCUGGCACCUCUGGUCAUGCACACUGAUAUCUUGAACACCGCUGUGCUGACGGGUGAAACGGUCUCGGUACCUGUGAGAACUCUGGCUGUUGAGGCCGAUGGCUCAGUCACCGACGUGACCAACUACACCAGCUGUAGGUCUACAGAGGAGGAUGUACUCAAGGUGUCAGAGCGAUGUGAAUAUGUGUAUGUAAACGGGAAGGAGACAAUAGGGAGGAGCAGGGUGAUGCUCAACUUCACUUACGGUUUCCUGAGCGCCCAGCUGGAGAUGAGUGUAUGGAUGCCCCGUCUGCCUUUGCUAAUUGAUGUGGCCGACCCCGAGCUCAGCCAGAUCAAAGGCUGGCGAGUCCCUGUUAUUACAGGCAGCAGGAGGUCGACAUGGGACAGCGAGGAAGAGGAGGAGAUGAGGAAGGGCAGGGGCUGCAUGCUGCAGUACCAGCACUCUACACUCAGGGUGCUAACAGCAUUCAUAGCCCAGGCUGACGCUGAGGUGCUGCCUGACCCGCUUACUGGGGCGGAGCCUGUUGAGUACUUUCUGGGUCCUGACUGGCAGGUAAAAACAUUCAACAGUCCGAGUCCUCACCGUCAGACAAUAUAUAGAAUGCAUGAUGGUCAUGUAUAUCCAUCUGCAGUUUGGACGAGUUUUUCCUCGUUGCAGGUGCUCUCCCCUCUGACAUCAUCGGUCCUGGCUGAGAGCAGCAUCAGGGUGGUGGAUGAUAAAGUGAGCGUGACGGAGCUGGGCGUGCAGUUGGUUUCUGGACUCUCUCUGUCCCUGCGGCUCGGCCCGGGGAGCAACAGGGCCAUCGUUGCCACGGCAACCACCCGGGAGACGAUCACACAGCUCAAACAGGAAGCAGUGGUCAGCUGUUGGGUUCAGUUCAGCGAUGGCGCAGUCGUUCCACUGGAGCUGUUCGACCGCAGCGUCUACUCUCUGACAGUCUCUACCCCAGACGAGGGGUUGGCCACGGUACGCCGCACCCCGCAGUUCACAUUUUUAGUGGCGCAAGGGCAAGGUGGAGGCCAGGGGGCGCUAGUGAGAGUGGAGCUGAGGAUCUGUGAGGAAUGCCAGAAGUCCAAGAGGAAGAGCAAGUUGGCGGUGGGCACGGGGCUCCUCAGGAUCAACUUCCAGAGUAGCAGAAGAGUCAUAGCAGGAGGGGGUGGCGGUAAUGAGGUUGACGCUGACGGAAGUAAAGAUUUUGAUGGCGGUGCAUUAGAAUUAGUAGGAGAGAUCAAAACGACACAGCGUGAUGUCACAGACGUGGAUAAAUGGUUGUUCGGAAGCACAGUACCCGACCAGCGAGAGUCCGCCCCGCCAGAAACUACCGCCUUUUCAACGAAACCUAAGCAGCCGUACGUUGUGAGGAUUGGAACCACAACCAGAGCUACAAGAAGUAACACGUAUACUGCCAUCCCCACAACUGCCACAACAACUAUGAGCAAAACGAGCUUAAAUACACCACUGAGCACUGCCAUACCUAAAGAUGCCACAGUGGGUUUAGUUAUUGAAGGAGAGGGGCAGAAGAGGAGCUAUGGAAACAUGCUUGACAGCCCCAAUUCACCCUCGAACAAAGACAUUCCUAAAGCAGAAGUGACACCCAAGAAGGAGCCUCCUAAAUCUAAAACUCCGAAAGUAAUUGAGAGUGACCUCGUUAGGACAUUCAGAGCCAUGUCGGAGAUGGAAAUCGGCAUAUAUGCCUUGGUUGGGGUCUCCUGUAUAGCUAUCUUUGCUUUUUUGCUCAACUGUGCAUCGUAUAAACUCUGUUUCCGGAAUAAAAAGACGCCCAUACAGGCAGGCCCGUUACCCAUGGGGGACCCGAAGGACCACAAGCACGACUGGGUGUGGCUGGGAAGCAGCAGUGAUAGCACUCCUGACCCAGGUGCCCCGGCUCAAGUGUCCACACUCAAACGCGAGGCUCACCGCUCUCUGGAGUCCCAUCAUUCCAUGGACUCGAUCGGCCACCGCAGCAUGGAGGGCACCCUGCCCACAGUGAGCGCCCCCACUGUCCCCGAAAGAACCGCCACCCUGGGCCGCAGCAGGAACAGCUCCCUGCAGCAGCAGCAGUUUCAGGGAAAGGCGAUGGACCCGAUGGCGAACCGCCCAGCCACCUUGCUGGACAGGCCACAUCGCAGCGAGCCGCUUCAUUCCCCCACCAGCAAGCGGAACCAGGUCCAGUUCACCACCUUUACCACGCUGGACAUCAAGCACUUGGCUGCGCUGAAGAAGAACGGCGUGGACUUAAACUGGGCCAACCAGCAGACUCUGCAACACCAGGUCCCUGCCGAGCCCCAGUCAGCUUUACCUGACAUGCCGUGGCCUGUAGUCAAACCUCUAGGAGAGCCCCAGUGAGUGUGUGUAUGUGUAGGAGUGAGAGAGAAUAAAAGAGUGACAUACACAGCAAGUUCUGGUGUAGAUCGUCUAAAAGAAAAGAAGCUGGCUUUUGUUUUUUCAUAAAAGAUAAAUCACUUUAGAGGCUGAAUUUAUUGAGACUAGAUAAAGGACUUUUUAUAUUAAACUAUGUGCUCAGUAAAAGCCUGUAAAUACAUUACGUAACCAUGUACCCAUGAAGAGCAACAUAAGAGAUACUGUGUUCCUUUUUUUUUAAAGAUUUAAAGCUGGAUUUUAUCCUCAAAAUGAAAGAUUCUUGUAUUUGAAAAAUAUGUGCUCUCCAGAUCAGCUGUUGUAAAUAUAAAUAGAUCUAUACUAUUACCUUUUUCUACAUUUCCAACUCAAGACAAAUGGAUUUUCAUCUCCUGUGUGCAAUGCUGUUGCCCUGUAGAAACUGCUCCAGAUAUUGCUAGUUGUCGGGCGAAAUGCAGUUCGGUAGGGAUUAUUUCUUGUAAUUCUAUUCCUUUCCAGCCUUUUGUACUUUUUUUCUC